GCGCCGUGGGACGUGCAGGCUCGCCGUGUGGGCAUCCCAGGCAAAAUCAUUUGUCUCUUCACCCUUCUGUUAGGCCGCAAAUCGUCCCGCACACGGACAAUACAUACUCACACACACACGCGGGCACACGCCCACUGUUCGUCGACCGUCGACUUCGCACGAGGAAAGCCAAGAGCGGUUGCGUUGUCGACUCCACAAUGGCCACAACAACCACGGGCACGGCUUCCAACGAGGUCGAACGCCCAAGUCGGACGGCCGAGGAUCUAGUGCAGAGUCUGGACGACCUGUUCGAGCGCUACCUGGACGUCCUGGACCGCUAUCAGAAAGCCCGUCAGGACCUGUCACGCCACUUUGCGGCGGGCUAUCUGUCCCUUGCCCAGGCGAACUUCCUGAACAAAGGGCGCCGGUACGGACAAGACUACUACGACGAGCGGAUGCAGGCCCAGCGCGUGGUGCGAGUCUCUACUUCCGGAGGGGGCGGCGAUGUGUAUGAGUUCACUUGUGUGAAGCGGGAAUCUGCGCCAGUGGAGACUCCUGCGGAUGCCGGCGAAGACGACGGCGACGACGCCAAAAAGAACGAGACGAAGCCUGCUUCGAAGGAUCCUCUCCAGUGGUUUGGAAUUUUGGUGGCGCAGCCGCUCCGUGCGGCCCAGGCAUCCUUCACGACCGCCGUCGAGGGCUCCGUACCAGAAUUAGUCACAUUGCAGGUUCAGCUGCGAAACCUCGAGAUAGAGAUCGGGCGCACCAGAAAGAUGCUCAAGAAACUAGAAAAAGUAUGAUUACGGCAACUACGCUAUACUUCCGGAUGAUCUGUUUCCGACGAGGAAUAUCACUUCGAUCUCCAGUGACAUCUGACGCUUCCUCAAGAAUUCAUCGUUAGCGACAUAUGAUUAGGUCUGUUGUCCCGUCUUAUCCGCACUCUCCACUCAACAGCUGAAUUUACACACGCUCCCCGGCAUCUUCUCUACCGUUGACUCCGCGUCUUGAUGGAAGUCCCCUAUUUGGCGAGUUGGGACGUGUCGCAUCGGCUCCGGGGUUUGCUGUCUCGUACUCGAGCAUUUUGAUGAAUCUAUAAAAGAGGACGGAGACGACGGCUCCAAGGAACGGCCCAAGCCAAUAGAUCCAGUGUGUGCUUGCGAAUUUGCCCACUACAACAUCUGGUCCAAAGGAACGCGCUGGAUUGAGCGAUCCACCGGUGAAGAGGACAGCGGCCAAUUCACAGACGAAGAGACACAGUCCGAUUCCAACAGGGGCGAGAAAUGUGCCUUUGUGCUUCUCUGCGGCUAGCAUGAAUCUGUCUGUGAUCAACACUUUUGUUCAUAUUUGCUAAACGUUGGCUUUUUCAUCUAACAUGGUGAAUAUCAAGAGCGCGGUGCAAAACAUCUCGAUAAAUAAGCCACGCACUACUGAGGUUUUCGGCGCGACACUUAACGUUGUCCGGACAAGUAGGGGUCCGGGAAACAAGCCAGAAACGAGGGCAGCAGCAGCGAUAGCCCCCAGAAUCUGCGCGAUAAUGGCAACGGUCAUUCUAAGGAAACCGAUCGCACCGAUCAAAGCCAAACCCAAGCUGACCUAGGCAAUGAAACCAUCAGUUAUCAAAGAAUAUCGGAAAAAGGAAAGAGAAAAGUUAGAAGACUACCGCUGGAUUGAACAGGCCACCGCUGAUGCGGAAGAAAACCCAGACAUUGACCGUCAAACUGAAGCCAAACGACAGCGAGAUGUAGAGCAGGAUGGAUAUAUCUGGUUUCAUGUUGAGAUUUAACACGGAGACCAUGUUCGCAACUUGAGUGCCGGCAAAGGCGAAGAAGAGGAAUAAGAAUGUACCGACAAAUUCCCCGAGAAAGGCAACAACCUCAUUUCGAGUCCUUGGCGAUAGGUGGUGAGCAGCUGGAAGUGUUUUUGGUGCUGGAGUGUCCGACUUCUGUCUAUUUGUAAAAGGAAGGGCAACUGCAGGAUUGUCCGCUGGCUCAAUGUUGUUCAUUUCGAUUGCUGAUUCGAAGCUCUUGAAUAGCCACCGAUUGUGAGAGCUGGCUUGAGUUUGAGGCAAAGCCUUGACUGUUUACCUUCGGAACUAACAGGUACUCUGUCUUAGGAUGCCAAGGGAUUGUAUUGAGACUAUGAUGAGGAUCAGUAAAGGUUCAAGCAAACUCUGUAGUUGUGAUGUAGAAACCGUAUUUAAACUCAGGUAUUUGACGUUGCGGCCGAGAGCUUGGAGGUUUGUUGAUACCAGAACGCAGACAAGGGCUAAGAUGAGGAGUCUCGACGUACUCAGAACUAGACUGCUUCGCAGGGUAAGAUCGACUUGUCUGGAGACUUGUCGAAAGCUCAACUUGGUCACUGACGCGGAAACAACGGCUUACCGUUCUACGCAACAGGAACUUAAGUUCCACCGUGCCCAAGCAAGUGCGGAGAUUACUCAAAAUAAUUCCAACUGCAAUAUAAUCAAAUCUCCAUUAGAGAAUCUAUC